AGCGCUUCUGGAAGCUGAAUGAACCCUCCUCCUCUCCCUCCUCCUCUCCCUCCUCCUCCUCCGCGCCCAGUCUCCUCCUCGGUGCUGACGGUACAGUGAUAUAAUGAUGAUGGGUGUCACAACCCGCAUUUGAACUUGCAGGCGAGCUGCCCCGAGCCUUUCUGGGCGAAGAACUGCAGGCGUGCGUGCGCACCCGCCGCGAGCCCCGGUGCGGGGGACACAGGCGCUGGCACCAAGACCCGCGGCCAGCCCCGCAUUCUCCCUCGUCGCCGUGCACCUCCGCACUGGUCCACAGGCCACCACGCUUCCUAUGUGACCCGCCCGAGCAACGCCGAGCCCCUUCGCGCAGCGCCGCCGCGGUGAAUUUUCCCCCCUAAACUGCAUUACGCCUCCUUUGAAGGUCAAGAUGUUGAUAAAUGUGAAAAGCAUCUUAUGGAUGUGCUCGACCCUGAUAGCAACUCACGCACUACGUCAAGUCAAAGUGGAAAAGAGCCCCCCGGUCAAGGGCUCCCUGUCGGGAAGAGCCAGCUUACCCUGUCAUUUCUCAACCAUGCCCACCUUACCACCCAGUGACAAGGCCAGCGAAUUCCUCCGCAUCAAAUGGUCCAAGAUCGAAGUGGACAAACGUGGCAAAGACUUGAAGGAGACCACCGUCCUCGUGGCCCAAAACGGGAAUAUCAAGAUCGGGCAGGACUACAUAGGGAGAGUGUCCGUGCCUACACACCCUGAGGACGUGGGUGAUGCCUCCCUCACCAUGGUCAAACUGCGCGCCAGCGACGCGGGCCUCUACCGUUGUGACGUCAUGUACGGGAUUGAGGACACUCAAGACUCGGUGUCGCUGGCGGUGGAUGGUGUCGUAUUCCACUACAGGGCGGCCACCAGCAGGUAUACGCUGAAUUUCGAGACAGCUCAGAGGGCCUGUGUGGACAUCGGGGCAGUCAUAGCAACCCCUGAGCAGCUCAAUGCUGCCUAUGAAGAUGGCUUUGAGCAGUGUGACGCGGGCUGGCUGUCUGAUCAGACCGUCAGAUACCCGAUCCGGACUCCCCGGGAAGGUUGCUAUGGAGACAUGAUGGGGAAGGAAGGAGUCAGGACCUACGGGUUCCGCUCUCCACACGAGACUUACGACGUGUACUGCUAUGUGGAUCAUCUGGACGGUGACGUGUUUCACAUCACUGCUCCCCAAAAAUUCACCUAUGAGGAGGCAGACGCAGAGUGCAAGCACCAGGACGCCAGGCUGGCGACGGUCGGGGAGCUGCAGGCGGCCUGGAGGAACGGCUUUGACCAGUGCGAUUAUGGGUGGCUCCUGGAUGCCAGCGUGCGCCACCCUGUGACUGUGGCCAGGGCGCAGUGUGGAGGUGGUCUACUUGGGGUGAGAACCCUGUAUCGUUUUGAGAACCAGACAGGCUUCCCUCCCCCUGAUAGCAGAUUUGAUGCCUACUGCUUUAAACCUAAACCGAAUAUAUCAGAGGCCACAACCAUCGAACUGAACAUCCUCGCAGAGACCACAUCACCCAGUUUAUCCAAAGAACCACAAAUAGUGCCCAAGAGAACCACACCAAUCAUCCCUUUAGUCACCAAGUUACCCAUCCUUACAACAAAGUCCCCUCCUGUGGGACGAGUAGUCAAUUUUGAACAGAAAUCCACAGCCCCACCUCAGGCUAUACCAGACAGAUUAGCCACAGGGCCACCCACACCUGGUGGGGGUACCAGGGAGCCCUGGGAAGUGGACUACUACUCACCUUCUGCUUCAGGACCACUCGGAAAACCAGAGCUGUCUGACACGGAGGAAGAAGUGUUGCAGAGUACACGUGCCAUCCCACAUCAUGCUACAGAUUCGUGGGGUGGUAUCCUGGAAGACACACAAACACAGGAGUCGGUCACACAGGUUGAACAGAUAGAAGUGGGCCCCUUAGUAACAUCUACGGAAAUCUCAAAGCAUGCUCCUGCCAAGGAAUUCCCCGUAAGCGAAACACCUUUUGUAUCUACAAAAAUGACCUUGGGAUUCAAAACCGAGAGGAAAACAGAAGGCACUCUUUCUGAAUCUAUGACCACAAGUCACGAUGGAUUCACCUUGGGCAAAGACAAGGGUGAAGACGGAGCACUUACAGCCAGGCCUGGCCAGAGCACCUUGGUCUUCAGCCCAAUACCUGAAGUCGUUACAGUGUCAAAGAUUUCGGAAGGCACCAGCCACUCUCAGUUCCAGGACUUGGAGUCAGUCUCAGCCUCUACAGCUGUCUCCCCUGUACCUGUGCCUGACAGUGACAGACCAUCCACGGACAACUGCUGGGAGAAGCCCACUGAUGAUGGUGGCCAGUAUGUGUCUGCUACACCCUUCCCAUCAGUUGAAUUAUUUCCUUACUCUGGUGAUAAAACAGUAGAGGAAGUGCUCCCGGGGAUGUAUCUUCCUUCACAACCGGAAAUGACCCAAGGAAGAGAAAGAACGCAAACGCCAAGACCCGAGAGAACAGUGGCUGACACAGGUGAUGGCAUACGGGAAGAGAUCAGCAAAGCGCCAGGUUUGGGAAGCACAGAGGAAGAAGAAGGCUUCUCGGGAAUGAAGCUCUCCACGGCUUCCUCAGAGCAAAUUCCUUUUACAGAGUCUUCCGUGGCAACCACCAGAGCUUUUGGUGCCCCACCAUUGACAACCCCGUCGAGUGUGGAGCCGACAGAAGCGAGAGACGGGGAGGAAGAGUCCACGCAAACUGUGACUGCAUUGGAAGCAGAUGGCUCUCAGGUUCUCACAAAGCAUGAUGUAGACAGCACAGCGGUGCGUUUGACCGAUAGUACUUUCAAUGUGGAGGUGGUCACGGUGUCAAAAUGGCCCUGGGAUGAAGACAACGCAACAUCGCAGCCUGGAGAGUCCACAGAACACGCCGGCUCUCCGGAGGGGCCGCCUGCUUUCCCAACCACGGUGGGAGAAAACGGGAAAGAGGAAGAAAUCCCAAGUCUCACUGAAGACGGAGACGAGUUCACUCUUGUUCUGGAUAGUACUCAAAAGCCGGUAGAAAAAGUUACUGAGGAAGAUGCUACCGAUCAUGGGAAAUUCACAGUGAGAUUUUGGCCAACGACAUCAAUUGGUCUUACAAAGUCAACUUUGACAGAUUCUGCAACCACAGAAAGAAUUCCACCUAUCACAAGCACAGAGGGCCGAGUUGUUUAUCCAACUGUGGAAGGAAGCGCUCUGGAUGAAGGAGAAGAUGUGGACGUGUCUAAGCCAGGUUCCACUGUCUCCCAUUUUGCACGCACCUCAGAUGGGCGAGGAUUGGCAUUUGUUAAUUAUAGUAGCACCCUGGAGCCCACCACUUAUGUAGACACUGCCCAUACCAUUCCUCUUUCUGUGAUUCCUGAGACAGAGUGGGGAGAGUUAGUACCUCCUGUUCCAUCAGAAGAUGAAGUUCUAGGUCAGCCCUCUCAAGACAUCAGUGUCAUUGAUCAGACUCACCUUGAAGCAACUGUGUCUCCUAAAACCACGAGAACCACAACAGAAAUCACACAGCGGACCACUCGGGAAGAACAGACUACAGGAAAACCAGUUCCUGCCCUCAGUUCUACCGCUAGCACACCCGUGUCAACAGCAACCUUAUGGGAUGAACAAGAAGGUGAUGGAUCCACAUAUACAACCUCUGAAGACAGAUUGGUGACAAGUUUUGGGAGAAUCCCGAUUUUAGAAACAACUUCAGUGGGGAAACUUGAGCACGAUGUGUCUUACCCACCUGGUGCCGUCACUGAGCACAAAGCAGAAACAGAGGAAGUGGCAACCCUGACACCAAGGACCAGGCCAAAAGUGUCUCCAAGUCCAGGGCCUGAGCAAAAGUAUGAAAUGGAAGGUAGUAGUCCAACAGAAUUUGAAUCACCUUUGAGUCCCUUUAGCACUAGUGUUUCCCAGUUUAUGGAGGAAACCACUACUAAGAAAAGGGAGGAAACAUCCCUGGAUUAUGUUGAUCUAGGCUCAGGAUUAUUUGAAAAACCCAAAGCCACAGAGCCUCCAGAAUUGUUGACCAUUAAGGCCAUGGUUCCGAGUGACAUCACUGCUACAGUUGGACCUCCAUCGACCGCAACAGCCAAGCCAUCUUCAGCACCCACGGAGAGACCGCCUCUUGUCGACAGGGAGCCUGGUGCAGAGUCGACCAGGGAGGUGCUGCUCAUCGGAGAGUCUACAUCUCGUGUUCUCCCCACUACCCGUGAGGAUAUUGUGGCCAAGGAAACAGAGACCGAUAUUGAUAGAGAGUAUUUCACGACGUCUAGUGCUCCUUCUGCCACACAGCCUACAAGACCACCCACUGUGGAAGGCGAAGAGGCCUCCAGACCUGAGGCGCUUUUCACUCCACAACCCCCGCCGGGGACAAAAUUCCACCCUGACAUAAAUGUUUAUAUUAUAGAGGUCAGAGAAAAUAAGACAGGUCGAAUGAUUGAUUUGGAUGCCAUUGGUCAUCCAAUAGAUUCAGAAUCUAAAGAAGAUGAGCCUUGUAGUGAAGAGACAGACCCAGAGCAUGAUCUGAUUGCUGAAAUCUUACCCGAAAUAACUAACCUAAUUAACAUAGAUAUAUACCAUAGUGAAGAGAGCGAAGGGGAGGAGGAAGAAUGUGCGAACGCCACGGACGUCACAACCACCCCCUCAGUGCAGUACAUCAAUGGGAAGCACCUGGUCACCACCGAGCCCAAGGGCCCAGAAGCUGCCGAAGCUAGGCGUGGCCAGUUUGAAAGUGUGGCGCCUUCUCAGAAUUUCUCAGACAGCUCGGAGCGCAGCCCUCAUGCGUUCGUCGGGGCUGAGAUUGAGUUAUCUACCGCCCUUCAACCCAACGACUCUGCAGAAACCACCGAAUCGCUUGAAAUCACGUGGAAGCCUGAGCCGUACCCUGAAGGUCCAGAGCAGUUUUCAGGGGGUGAACCUGAUGUCUUCCCCAUGGCCCCGUUCCAGGAGGGAGAAACCACGGAGGGGGCAGCGUCCGUCUCGGAGAACAGUUUUGAACUUGAAAAUCUGGUACCCGAGCCUACGGAAGCUCUACUUCUGCUUCCGGAAGAAUCCUCGGGGGAGGCUGCCAUUGACCAAGUAUCUCCAAAGAUAGUCUUGGUGGGGGCUACCGAGGAAACGUUCGCCGAAGGCACAGAGACAAGCACAUCUCUCACGCACGUUCCCAGUGUGGUUCCAAAUUCCGCGGCAGCAGAAGGGUCCAUCAGCCUAACAGGAAACCCAUGGCCUGAUGGCCCACUGUCUACCAGAGACAGCUGGGUGGACGCGACCCCCAGUCAGAGCUUGGCGCUGUCGGGGAGUUCUUCACCCCCAGUCUCAGAAGGCUCCGGGGAAGACACAGACACACUGCCAGAGCAGAUGUUCCCCGUGGUAACUGAUUUAUCACAGAGAAACGCUACAGAGUCACUCAGUACUUCAGAGCCUAACAAGAUAACGCGCACAGAAAGCUUCUCAGGUGUGCCUAUGACCACCGUCUAUUUGGUUUCCGAAAGAGCUGCAGAGAUAGUUCCCACCCAGGCAGUAAGCGAAGUAGGGUCUUCUGAGGGGGUGUUCAGUACAGCUGCAGGGGGAAAGAACAGGGAGGAGGAGGAGAAGGAGGAAGAGGAGGAGGAGGAGGGAGCCACCCGUGCAGGUGCCACAGUUGAGGUACACUCACCCACGCAGAGGCCAGAGCUAGUAGUUUUGCCCUCACAGUCAGAAAGCUCCAAGGCAGCUCCUGCUGGCGAUUCAGCUGCAAGGGAGAAUGUGGUGUCCUGGACGACACCCGCAGGGUCUGCCCUUGACUUGAGCGAGACGCGUGUUUUGGAAGAUGGGGGGGCACGGGUCCCCGAGGACAGCAGUGGCAGUCAGGAUAGGCUCACCGCUCCCCCACAAGGCCCUGCGUCUCCUUUCAUGGAGCAGGGCUCCGGAGAUGCAGACGCCGGCCCCGAAGCCACCACCAUUUCUUCAUUGCCCUUAGAUGUAGAAUCUGAAAUUCUAACCGAAAAGAAAGUAUUUGGCACUUUGCCUUCCCACACGGAAACAGGAUUCUCCUCUGAGCCAACAGCACGAGUUUUGAGCCCUGGAAUCCAUGGAGAAGUUGCUGAUGGUAUCAGCCCAACACCCAAGGAGAAGCCAGGCUCGGGAAGGCCAAGUCCCAGGGCGGAGACACGGGGCUUUGCCACAGGUGUUCCUUUGGAGGAGUUCAGCGGGGACUUGGGAGAGUAUGUGACAGUAUCUCUUCCCCUCACACAAGAAGUGCUGGUGGCCGAAGGCUCGGGGGACACAGCGUUUGGCGAUACUCUGACUUUCCCGUCUAUAGUGCCUUCGUCAGCGCCUGUCAAUCACACACCUGACUCAGCAAGACCCAGUAGCACCAACAUGAGCCCUUCAGCCCUCCCUUGGGAAGAGUUCCUGGCCUCAGGUGAGGGCUCGGGUGAGCGACAGGUCACAGCCGGCAGCUCUUCCGACUCAGCUUCCCCAUUGGUUGACCGAGCCCUGGGAGAAGUGGGUGCUGCCGGAGGGGUCAAUGAGAGGACCACCGUUGUAGCAACAGCUGAAGGUACUGCAGCCCCCACGGCAGCACAGCGUGCUGUGAACAUGGUCCGCGGCACAUUUCCCACGGACUCCCCCCAGACGGUGGAGCCAGCCAGACUGUGGUCCGGGCAGGAAGUUAGUUCUGCAAGACCAGGCGUUGACGGUGAAAUGGCAUCAGCGGAGAAGACCCAAGGACAAACGUCUUUGGAAUUCUCCCAAAGCUCUCCUGCACCAGAACCAACAGAUUUUGAUUCACAAACAUUUACUGACACUGAACUCCAAACCACGACGUAUUCUGUAGCGACAACAAAGCAAGCAGAAGGCAUUGAUAAGGAAGUGGUGGAGAAAGGUGUUUCCUUAGUUAACACAUCGACGCCAGAGGCAGGGUACUCGGAAUCAGCCACCGCUCACCCAGUAGCUACUGAAAAACCACAUCUUUUCGCGGCUUCUGCCUCAGUGACUGAAUCGACAUCAGCCAUCACAGAGUUGUCGAUCAAAGGGGAAGAAACUGUGACGCCAUUCCCGAAAGACCCAAGGCCGACAGUCGGGGAGUCAGAUGCUGAUCUCUUGUUCUCGGGACUGGGGUCAGGGGAAGACGUGUGGCCUGCUCUCCCUACCGUGUCGGUGAAUUUUACAGAAAUGGGACAAAUCAUAAGCACUUUAUAUCCCCAGACUUCUCACGCAGAAAGUUCAGAAACAAGUGCCCCAAGUGAUAAAAUGGAAGAUCACGAGGGGAUGGAGAAUGUGGCAAAUGAAAUUGGGCCACUCGUUUCCAAAACAGACAUCCCUGGGGGUAGCGAGGCAGCACCCCGCACGGACUUCGUAGAAAUUCUCAGCGGCCCUGGAGUGGAAAGACCCACCACGGCACCACUCCCUUUCUCCACGGACAUUGACCACCCUGAGGGGCAAUCUUCCGGAUGGGCCGAGGAAAUCCAGGCCAGGGGACCACAAACUGUAACCGACCAGGUCUCUGCGACAGCAGAAGCUCGAAAAGCCGCAGCCUCAUCCACCAUUUUCCUCGCCCAAACGCCUGGUCUUGAAACGUCCCUAGCAUCUGUGACAUCAGCGCCAAAACCAUCUCAUUUAUUUUAUGAGCACUCUGGAGAGGGCUCUGGAGGAUUGGAUGUUCUCGAUGUCACCUACACUUCUGGAACUACCCAGGGACCCAGGCAAGGAAGCCCCACGUAUGCUUCUGAUGGGUCCCUGGGGACGCCACCCCAAGUGCCAACCACUGAAGCCGUCCCUGCUGGAGUCCCAGUGGUGUCGGAGGUGCUGCCUCGCUCAGAGCACAGUGACGGCGCCCCGGAGGCCACGAGCGCACGGCCAAGUCCAGCGUUGUAUGGGAGGUCCACUGAAGGGGCCGCCGCUGCUUUCCAAGGCCAUUUCCAGGGGUUCAAGGAGUCCACUGUGAAGCCUAACCGAAGAAAAGGCACGGAAAACAUUUUCAUCGAUAACAUCUUCAUGGACAAAGAGGACAAGGAUUUAAUCGUGACGAUCACAGAGAGUUCCAUCCUUGAAAUGCUGCCUGAGCUGACGUCGGAUAAAAACACCAUCAUCGAUAUCGAUCACACCAAGCCUGUGUACGAAGACAUCCUUGGGAUGCAGACGGACAUGGAAGCAGAGGCCCCCUCGGGACCACAGGGCAGCAGUGAAGAAAGCCCUGCCGUUCAGGGGAAGCCCGAGGCAGCUCUAAACCUGUUGCUCACCGAGGAGACAUCCGAGGGCUCUGGCGACACUCUCCUGGCUGUCCUCACUCAGGCCACGCGCAAUCCACCCAGGGCUCCCCACGACGGAAGCCAGUUGGAUCACAGGGGCUCUGCCGUCACAUCUACGACCCCGGGCCCGAGCACAGAAGCAGAAUUGGAGACUUUGCUUCCCACGGUGGCGUCUCUGCCCUUCCCCGGGGGGUCUGCCACAGCGCAUCCGCAGAGGGCAGAGCCAACCGCCGAAGCCACAGCCCUGGACGACACCUUUGAGUCCAGCACCCUGUCCGACGGGCAGGCUGUUGCGGACCAAAGCGAGAUGAUCGCCACGCUGGACCAAAGGACGCAGGAGGACUACGAAGAAAAGAAACAUAUUGGGCCUUCUUUUCAGCCAGAAUUCUCUUCCGGAGCCGAGGAGGCAUGGAUGGGCCCCACUCCCUAUGUAAGUAUUGGUACAAGCCACCCCCUGGCUCAGAGUUUAACAGAGGCACCCAGUAUGGCCGAAGGAACCGAGCCCCCACAGAGUUUAACAGAAGCAUCCGGUGUGGCCGAAGGGCCACAGCAUACCGAUGGCACACCAGCAGCGUCAGCAUUUGCAGGGUCGACCCCUCAAGCGCCCUCAUCCCCACUCCCUGUCUACUCAGGCGGUGGAACCUCUGAACACACAGACAUGCUCCUGCCAAGUGUGCUACCAGGCCUGGAUGUGAGCUCCCUGCCCGCAUCCCCAGCGGAUGCUUUUAAGGAAGUCCAUGAAGGUAUUGAGGGAACUUUCAAACCGUCUGGUGAAGGAUACUUUCUCACAAUGGAGCCUCCGUCCGGGCCUCCUGGCCCAGAAUUAGAACUCUCCGAAGAACAAAGUAACCCCCAGGUACUGGAGGAGAUGGAUGCUUCUCCCACAGAGCUAACUGCUGAGGAGGCAGCCGAGCCCCCCCAGACCCCCCCAGAUAAAACCAGCAGGCGGCUUCCUGGAGAAGCGGUGACGGUGAUGCCCAGCGCUGCAGUCCCUGAGGCUGGGACCGUCACUCCGGCUGCCAGUGAACUCAGGUCGGAAGGCGCUGCCCAGGGGCCCCGUCCUACGUCUGCAUCUGUGAAUUACGGGGUUGAGGCCCACGUGGUGCCUCAGCCCAGCCCACACACUUCUGAGGGGUCCACGGUCCCUCCUCCGUGGGGUACACAAGCUUCCGUCUCAAGAGAGGGCGCCACGUCAGCACCAGAGCAGCACCCACCGGCAGGAACCCCUAAUGCCAAUACCCAGGCAGCAGGAAGCCCUGCGGCAGUGCACACUGAGCUUGCGAAGCCUCCAUUUCCCCUUCUGGAAACUUCUAACGAAACUGAUUUCCUGAUUGGCAUUCAUGAAGAGUCAGUGGAAGGCACAGCGGUCUAUUUACCAGGAACUGAUCGGUGCAAGACAAACCCGUGCCUCCACGGGGGCACCUGCUACCCGACCGAAACUUCCUACGUGUGCACCUGCGUGCCGGGAUACAGCGGAGACCAGUGCGAACUCGAUUUUGAUGAAUGUCACUCUAACCCCUGUCGGAACGGCGCCACGUGCGUGGAUGGUUUUAAUACGUUCAGAUGCCUCUGCCUCCCAAGCUACGUCGGGGUCCUUUGCGAACAAGACACCGAGACCUGUGACUAUGGCUGGCACAAGUUCCAAGGGCAGUGCUACAAAUACUUUGCCCACCGGCGCACGUGGGACGCGGCUGAGCGGGAGUGCCGUCUGCAGGGCGCCCAUCUCACCAGCAUCCUGUCUCACGAGGAGCAGAUGUUUGUGAAUCGUCUGGGCCACGAUUACCAGUGGAUCGGCCUCAAUGACAAGGUGUUCGAGCACGACUUCCGCUGGACCGACGGCAGCACUCUGCAAUAUGAGAACUGGAGACCCAACCAGCCAGACAGCUUCUUCUCGGCUGGAGAAGACUGCGUGGUGAUCAUCUGGCACGAGAACGGCCAGUGGAAUGAUGUUCCCUGCAACUACCACCUCACCUACACCUGCAAGAAAGGAACAGUUGCUUGCGGCCAACCCCCUGUUGUAGAGAAUGCCAAGACCUUUGGAAAGAUGAAGCCGCGUUAUGAAGUCAACUCCCUGAUCAGAUACCACUGCAAAGAUGGCUUCAUUCAGCGCCACCUUCCAACCAUCCGGUGCCUAGGGAAUGGAAGAUGGGCUAUGCCUAAAAUUACCUGCCUGAACCCAUCUGCAUACCAAAGGACUUAUUCUAAGAAUUACUUUAAAAAUUCCUCACCAGCAAAGGACAAUUCAGUAAACACAUCCAAACACGAUCACCGUUGGAGCCGGAGGUGGCAAGAGUCAAGGCGCUGAUCCCUAACAUGGCAAACGUGUGUUUUCAUCAUUUCAGCCAAAGCCCUAACUCCCUGUGCCUUUCCUAUCACCUCGGGAAGUAUUAUCCGUUUGUUUGGACUACCAUCCAGUCAUUUUGGGUUGCGUGCUCCCGAAACAUUUUCAAUGAAAGUAUUGGCAUUCAAAAAGCAAGCGAGCAAAAUGAAAGAACACAAGGGCGUGCAGUAACCAUUUCCAGCCUAUCUCGUUUCCUGUUUUCUACUUGCCUCUGGUGCAAAGCAUUUCAUAAUGUAUACCAGCCUACUGUACUAUUUAAAAAGCUCAGUUUCAGCACCCAUGGCCAUGUAAAUAAGAUGAUUUAAUGUUGAUUGUAAUCCUGUAUAUAAAAUGAAAAAGUCACACUGAGUUCAGGCAUAUUUAAUGAUGAUUAUGGAACCAGAGAGGUCUUUAAUCAUUGGUUUGGCUGCUUUUGUGUAGUUGUCUAGGCUGGAAAUGGUUUCCUGUGCCCUUGGACUGUCAGCAAGACGGAAGACGGCUUUUUCUGGACAACCAGCAAACACCAAGUCUCGUGGGCUGUGGUGCCCAUCUCAACCGCAGGUGCCGUGGGCUUCCACAUGGUGCCGAAGCCCGGCUCACGGGCUCCUGACGGAAUGGGGACUCCACUGCAGAACUCUUUGCUGCAUUCCUUUUUUCUUCGCUUACAAGAAAGGCCUGAACAGAGGACUUUUCUGUGACCAGGAGCAAUUUUUAGGGGUUCAAGUGCUAAUGAUUAACUCAACCAGGUCUACUUUUUAAUGGCUUUCAUAACACUAACUCAUAAGGACACAGAUCAUGACAUUUCCAAUGGAUACAGACCUAGGGCUCUGGAGGGCGGGGGGAUUGUGAAAACCACACCACACAUGCAAAAAAAAUUAAAAAGAAAUUUUGUAUAUAUAACCAUUUUAAUCUUUUAUAAAUUUUGAAUGUUCAUGUAUGGAUGCUGCAGCUGUGAGGCAUACCUAAAUAAAUGAAGUAAGCCAUACUGAUUUAAUUUAUUGGAUGUUCUUUGCCCCAAGACCUAAAAUGGCCAUAGUAUGUAUGCUAGUUCUUUUUCACUGGUAGCUUUUAUACUUCCCUCACGCCGUUUGGAACCACAUAAUAUAGGUACUUUGUCCCGGAUUGAACAAUGUGAUGGGUAGACUGCAUCCAGUGUUUAUUAUGGAAAGAGUGGAAAAGUGCGUAGCUUCCAGCAAAUGCUGUUUGUCCACUUGCUGCAAAGAGCAGCUCUGUAGAAGUAGUGUAGGCUUCUCCCCCUUAGCUGGAGUGUAUAUGUUGACAUUUCUCCCUGUUUCUUCACGCCCUGUUUUCUCCCUUUUGUUUGAAUAAAGUGACUCCUGAAGACGACUUUGAAUCAUUAUCCUCUUACUUUAAUGUUGAAAACAAACAAACCUGUGAUGCAAAGAAGGCAUUCGGGACUCUUUCCCUAACGUCAGUUAGGGCAACUUUGAGAAGACUAGACAACAAAUGCGAUGCGAGUGGAACAAGAGCAGACAGAGGUUGGCUCAACACGGAUGCUCUUUGGUGCAUCCUCCCUUGGCGUUUAGAAGGAGUGACUUUUGCUGCAAUCAUUCACAGUGUCUUGAAGCUGGGUCCCCCUGCUGGCUGCAUUAAGCAUACCCCACCUUUGGGUGCUGUGCAGUAGAGAACAACGCUACUACGCGGUCCAUUAGAUUUUGCAUUUUCCUUUUUCAUUACAAUGCACAUUACACUUUCCUGUAUUUAUAUGAUAACAUGUAUAGUGUGAAAUGUGAAUGCCUUUUUUUUUGUGACUGAAAAUCUAAAAUCUUUGUAACUUUUUAUAUCUGCAUUUGUUUCACCAA